AUGGCCUUCAAGUUUAACUUUACCAAUGAAGAUUUAGAUCUCGAAGAUAAUGAAGAGAAUCAACAAUUAGAAACAAGUCUUAACGACUUGAGCAUCGAUGAGUCCAAUAGUGUCAAUAAGCUUCCUAGCCAAGAAUAUGACAUUCUUUCUUCCCCUUUACCCAGUGUCAUUCAAGGUGAUAUUCUUCAAGUACCCAGCGUUGAGAAACCCCUUUAUAAGCGUACAUUAGCCGAUGUCAAGUUUCAAAUGGCGGAGCAAGACAAUUUAGUGGAUGAAAAUGCUGAUAAGGAUGUUGUUUCCAUGUUGAACUUGAGCGGAAACUCUGAUUUGAUUAAAGGUGUGUAUGAAGGUGGGUUUAAGACUUGGGAGUGUUCCAUUGAUAUGGUUCAAUACUUGUCUGGAUUACCUGAGGACCAAGUCACAAACAAAAAAGUAUUAGAGCUUGGUUGUGGUUCAUCGCUCCCCUCCUUGUAUCUUUUAGAUCGUAGUCAUACCAACCGUGUUGAUGUGCAGGACUAUAAUGACCAAGUUAUUCGCUACAUCACUAUACCAAAUAUUCUUUUAAACACCGUUUUAACUGUUCAGGAACCAUCUUCUAAUGUUGAAGAAGUGGUUGAAGAAGAGAGCUCAUCAUCCGAAGAAGAGGAUUCUGAAGAGGAGGAAGAUGAUGAGGAUGAAAAGCGUAUCGAAGAAGAUGUAAACACAUGUGAUGUGGAGGCUGAAAUUCCUUCUGAUAAGAUCCCAGCCAUGUUAAAGUUAGUGUCUGAACGUACCAGGGCAUUUGUUGGUGAUUGGAGCUCUUUACCUGAACAAUUGAACGUCGAUCAAGAAAAAUAUGAUAUGAUUGUUACAUCUGAGACGAUUUAUGCUGAACACGCCUUACCCGAUUUGAUCAAUGUAUUUCAAAAGGCUCUCAAGAAACCUGACGGUGUUUGGUAA